ACACGACGAUCGCCAGAAAGAAACAAACGUGUAAUCGACGCAAGCGCUUCUCUACGUUCGCAAUACUACCGAAAGUUGUUAAUGUUUCGCUUUUUUUCUUCUAUCAAUUGUAUUUUUUUUUUUUUAUUCACUUUAUAAUCAUUGUUCAUCGCGUAAGUAUUCGUAACGUGUAAACGUAUUUUUACGACGGGAAUUAUUCAUCGUCGUGCGAAUGUGUCUGUGAUUCACGAACGUGUGUUACUCGUACCUUCUUCGUAAACGUUGAAUUUUUUGAGAAUUUUUUUCCGAGUUCGGUUAACGUUUUACGUAAAAAAAUCGCGAGUUGAAAAAAUCUUCGUACUGGUGGAGUCUUCCGAGUGUGCUGAGGUCAUAUCCACUCAACCAACAAAAAAGCACCGAAUGACUACAUUUAGUAGUUGUAUAUUCUGAUGAGAUUGCAUGUGCCUAAUCAAUCCAUCUGGAUGUAUGGAUUUCCAACGAGAAAACACCAUUACACGGAGAGAGGACUGGCCAAACGGCACAGCGUUUCGGAGAAAUACGCGGAAUUGAAAUUCGCCGAACACUCGAAUCCACCGUCUCCAUAUAAAGUCACCGGCUUAACUUGUAACGGAAAUAAAGCCAUCAGUCCUGCCAUCAAAGUUUUGGAAAAGAAUGACAUAAGCGUAUUACCGGUGCUGUCGAAAUGUCAAUUACAUACGAAAAACGGUCUCGUCAACCAGGCCAAUAAUGUGAACGCUAAAUAUAAUAGUUUCGCCGAGAAUGAAGUUACACCCGAAAAUAGCAUUAGUUAUUAUGGUAAUAUAACCGGAUGGCAUAGAUACGAAUCGCCUGCCAGAGAUGUCAAUCCGUACGCGUAUCCAGCGCCCGAAUCGCCCAUCAGAUGGUCGGACGCCCACGUCACCUCACCUGAGCCCGAACCCCGAUCUCCGAUAAAAUUCGUUAAAUAUUCGCCGGAAACUUCGCCGUUGGCUGCCACAAAGGCGCGCUUCGACUGGACUAAAAAUGGCGUCCAGAGGGCUCGCGUCACCGAGAAAAUCAACAGCGACGCGUUCCGCAAGAAUUCCAUCGUCAAAGAGACUCCCGUCUCGCCCGACGAGCCCAAAGAAACCUCGCUCUUGAAAGCAGUCAAGCUGGAAGACACGAGUGUGCUAUGUGAUCUACUAAACGAGCCAAUUACCGAAGAUAUAAACGCUACGGAUGAUACUGGAAGGACUGUAAUAAGCUACGCUGUUUUAAAGAACUGUUUACCAAUAAUCGAGAAACUCACCAAAGUGCCAGGAAUCGAUGUAAAUAAACCAGACAACGAAGGCAACUGCCCUUUACAUUUUUGUGCUCAAGCUGGUCAAGUCGAAGCUGUGAAUUUACUGCUGAAUUCUUGCUCAGGAAUAGAAAUAGAUGCUCGGAAUCAAUACGGUGUAACUCCUUUAAUGAAAGCCGCAUUACAAGGACGGACGAAAUGUGCUAAAUUGCUGUUAUUUGCAGGCGCUUCUCCAACAAUGCGUGAUUACGGUCGAGGUCUUCGAGCCGAACAAUGGGCCAGAUACUGCGGUCGUUACAUUUGCGCAGAUGUAAUUGAAAAAUACGCUCGUAACCAGCUUCUCUCCAAAACAGCUUCAUACGGAAACUGGGGUGGCGAACCAGAGCUUGGUCUACAUUUCGUAAACGGUAAACUCCAACCACCCGCCAUCGUUCUACAAAACGCCAUCAACCAAAGCUACAAAAACAACGGUAUCAAGUCCAAGUUGAAAAAAGCAUUCCAACGCACAGCUCAUCCAUCCAAUUGGAACAGCAGCAGCAGAGUCAAUUCUUUCUCACUCGUUACCCAACUUACCAGCGCAGCGCUUUGUGUCAGCAGUCCCGUACUUCCCAAUUCCAGUAAAGUUUCGCCGGUUGUUAAAUCUCUCAUUAGACCAUUCGUCAUUCCCAGAAUCGAAAUAACUCCAGAUUCAGAUCUAUCUGCCGAAGAGACUUCGCUCGAUUCGGACUCGAAGGAUCUAUCCGAAAUACCUAAAACUCGUAGAAAAUCAUAUUUCGUUAGACUACGUAAGAAAAGUUUCAUUUAAUUGUAGGUAAUUUCGGUCAUUGGUCUCUUUGUUGAUAGGUAACUCGAAUGUUCGGACUUGAAAAACGUAUUUGAGGUGAUCUUUGUUAAUUAUUAUGUGAAUUCAAUUGUUUUGUUUGAGACGAGAGUCUAUUUUUGUGAUGCUCACUAAUGAUAUUGAGGUGCCUUUAUUGAAAAAAAAAAAAAAGAGGUAUCCGAAAGCUGAAUAAUCAAAUUAUCUGCUUCGGUAUCGCUGAACCUUGAAUCUUUCAAUUGAAUUUUUAAGUUAAGGAAUAUAUAUUGGACGAUGAUGAGCAGAAACCAUAAAACUCCACUUAGGUACUUUACCAAGGAAAAAAUUUACUAUUGUAUUUUCUCUUUUUAAUAUUUAUUAUAAUUAUCCUAUUUUAAUGAAUAUUUUUUUUCGUCAUAUCAAACCAUCUUUAUAUACCUAUUGUUGAUUUAAUUUACCUUUUAUCGAGUAUUUGUUAAUUUUAAAUAAGAAAAAAAAGACAACUCCAAGUUGUAUCUAAGUAUUGUUUUUUUUUUAAAUUGUAAAUUGCUUGAAAUUCAAUUAUUACGUACUUAAUAAGUCAUCUACGUGUCGUCAAAUUAGGGGAAAUUUACGAACCAUUGUCAUUGCUCACGAAUUAAAAAAAGUGAAUUGUUUUUUCUGUGAAAUUUAUUAAUUUCAAAGGUGAUGUACUUUGUUGACACGAGAUGUACUACCUAUUGUUAUUAUUUUAUCAUGAUUAUUUUUUAUUAUAUUUUUUUUUUGUAAAAAAAAACCAACAUGUCUUUUAUGUUAACGCUGUUUAUUGAUUGGCCUUCUUAAAAAUUGUAUUUUUAAUUAUUACGUUAUUUUGCUAUGUACUUUCUAGUCUUUGUAUUUUCCUUUAUUUUUUUUCUUUCAUUUUUUUGGAAUUUUUUCAGCUAGGUAUAUAUUUUUUCUUCUUAUUUAUGAAUUUUAAAUACAUUUAUUUUUUUUAAAUUGAUUAAAAUGUACGAGUAAUUAUUUAGUUGAACAAUUCAAACGUAAUAUUUAAAUUAAAAAUGUUAUUUGAUUUGGA